AUGAAGUUCUUUGCUGCUCUGCUUUUGUGUGUACGCGUCUGCUGGGGUUUUGUUCGCGAGAAUUAUGGAGAAUUGCUGACGGUGAAACCGUUGACGAGUAAACAUGUUCUUUCGACCUUCGAAUUCACGAUAGAUGUCAACGAUCUUCACGACUCAAGCACGGAUGACUUCUUUGAUCCGGGAUACACGAUCGUGCCGUUGCAGAUUGCACGCUUGAUCAAGGAAAACCAGGUCGCAGAAAUGCAUCUGCGUUUUACACGGGGUCGAUGGGACGUGGAGCUCUGGGGUGAGAUUCCCAAGCAAGGAUUGAGUUCUGGAGGCACUGGGCUAGAGUUGUGGUCGUACAUGCCAGUCGAACGUGACAAUCUGCAUUGGUACCAAUUGACAAACCAAUUGUCCGGCAUCUUCUGUGCGUCCUUGGACACGAUUGACAGCACAAACACAUAUCAACCGCGGCUUCCUCUACAGGCAAAGGUGUCUCAGCCAAACCAUGCCUUUUACUUUGCCGCAUUGCCGCAAGAAAGCGUGUGUACAGAAAACUUGACGCCCUUUCUCAAGCUGCUCCCAUGCAAGACGAAGUCUGGCAUUGCCUCUCUCAUCAAUCAGCACUUGCUCUUCGACACCAAUUGGCACUCGUUGUCUCUCGACAUCCUCCCAUCAAACGAGGGUGAACGCACUGACGGUGCCAAUGUCAUUACGAGCACACAAAUUGUCAUCACCAUCCAAGCCGUUCACGACGUCGAGCGUCGUUUGCGACGCCCAGACAAGUCGGUCUUCUACCCGCCCGAAGAAGAAUGCGAGCAUUACGACGACAAUGGCGACCGCGACGGCGAACAUGGAAAAGAUCCGCUGACCUGUUUGAAAGCCAUUCGGAGCCCCUUCGCCGUCCACUUCUACGACUUUUUCGGCAUGCCGCCAAAGCCGAGUUGUCCGCUGUCGACGAACGAGCACGAUGUGCUCGUCGUCGGCGCCGACAAACAGUCUGAGGCAUGGUACCGGCUGUCUGAUGGACGUCUGCAGGACGAUGUGGUUUUCACUACAUUACAGCAGCGGCACCCCGACCUUGUUCGAGCUGACUAUGCGCUGACAAACUACGGCAAUCACUGGAGCGGCAUCUCGCUCAUGCUCACAAAUCCCCAACCCAAGAACUACACGGCUACGGCAAUGAGCCAGCUGCCCUGGUUUGCGCAUUCGUAUUUGCACACGCUCCAGGUGCGGGUCAACGAUACAUUGCUGCCCAAGGAAGACGUGCUGUGCCAGAUCGCAUAUCGUCCCUUCAAGGACCGCGUCCAUAAUUCCUUUCUCGAGCUCCAAUUCCUCCUUCCGGCAUUCACCAGCGUCAAAAUCAUCACCGACUUCGAAAAAUCGCCUAUCAAGCUACACGAAUACCCACCCGACGCCAAUCGAGGUUUCGAUAUUCCACCCGCUAUAAUCUCCAUCUACGACAACACAACGCUCCAUUCCACACUCCGUACAACCUCGCUCCUGUUAUCUCUUCCGACCCCCGACUUCAGUAUGCCGUACAAUGUCAUUAUCCUCACCAGCACGGUAAUGGCCCUUACCUUUGGCAGCAUCUUCAACCUUCUAGUACGCAGAUUCGUUCCGCUUACGCACGACAAAACGUAG